GGGCCGGCCUUACGAUGUCCGUGCCCCAGAUUGAAAUAGAAGACGUGGGCGAGGAGGAGGGGUCGGCCGCAGCCCCCCCGGACGACCACCUCCGGAGCCUGAAGGCCCUCACAGAGAAGCUGAGGCUGGAGACCCGCAGGCCCUCCUACCUGGAGUGGCAGGCCAAGCUGGAAGAGCAGACGUGGCCCUUCCCGAGGCCGGCAACCGAGCAGGAGGAGACCAGCCUGGAAGAGGGGGAAUGUGAGCCUGGGGAGCCCUUGCUGCCCCCGAGGGAGCCCAGAGAGCACCGCCAGCCUACCAGCAUCGGUGGGGGCGAUGGGGCGUCAGGGUCCAUUGGCAAGCUGGAAGAUUUCCAAAGCAUCGAUGAGGCGUUAGCCUGGCUCAGGAAGGAACUGGCAGAGAUGCGGCUGCAGGACCAGCAGCUGGCCAGGCAGCUCAUGCGCCUGCGUGGAGACAUCAACAAGCUGAAGAUCGAGCAGACGUGCCGCCAGCACCGGCGCAUGCUCAACGACGCCACCUGCGAGCUGGAGGAGCGGGACGAGCUGUCGGACCUCUUCUGCGACUCCCCGCUGGCCUCCUCCUUCAGCCUCUCCACGCCGCUCAAGCUCAUCGGGGUCACCAAGAUGAACAUCAACUCCCGGAGGUUCUCCCUCUGCUGA